AUGCGAUGGACAAUCCAUAUGAAUAGGAACGCAUUGCAGGCGUACUUCAGGGCGAAAGAGGAAGCGUACCGGGUUAUGCAUCGCUUUUUUCCUGAGCCGGAGCCGUCCAUUACCAUUACGGAGUUGAAAAAUGAUGACCUUGAACUCGAACGGCUACGACAUGCGGCUGUUCCCCCAUCAGAUGAAAAUGCUACGGCUGGGGAUGCGGCGCAAGUCGCACACGCGGAUUCCUCCAUGAAAUUUCCAGCUGUGGUUGAUUCAGAUUAUGAUGGAAUAGCCACCUAUGAAGUAGAGAAAACGGGAAGUACAUUGGAGGAAGCGAUUACGGAAAGGCGCAGUACACUUCUCGAAAACCACAACUUCCCUGCAAACCCUUAA